CCUACGUCAUUAUCUAGUCUUUUCUAACGAAACCGGCCAUAGAGGGAAUAGAAGAGAGAAAAUUGUGCCUAAUUCUUUAAUGAAACCGAAACAGGAAAAACACAUAAUUUUAAGUUGACACCAUUAAAAAGUUAUCGUAGCUAACCAUGGAAGUUAUAGUAGCUAAUGUUGAUCAUAUUAAAUUUGAUAUUGAUUAUGCUCUCGAACAGCAGUAUGGAGCAUUGCCAUUGCCAUUUCCAGGAAUGGAUAAGUCUACAGCGGCGGUUUGUGAGUUUUUUGGACAAUCUGGAGGUUGUAAUAACGGACCCCGGUGUCCUUAUAGGCAUGUUCGUGGCGAUCGGACUGUGGUGUGUAAACAUUGGUUGCGAGGGCUUUGUAAAAAGGGGGAUCAGUGCGAAUUUUUACAUGAAUAUGAUAUGACUAAAAUGCCUGAAUGUUACUUUUAUGCUAGAUUUAAUGCUUGUCAUAAUAAGGAGUGUCCAUUUCUUCACAUUGACCCAGAAAGCAAAAUCAAAGACUGUCCUUGGUACGAUAGAGGUUUUUGUAGACACGGGCCACAUUGUCGCCACCGGCAUGUUAGGCGUGUCCUUUGUACGAACUAUUUAACUGGAUUAUGCCCUGACGGUGCAAGCUGCAAGUACAUGCAUCCGCGAUUUGAGUUGCCAGCACCUCCCGAGCAGACUAAAGACACAAAACGACUCCCAGUUUGUCAUUACUGUUCAGAAGUUGGCCAUAAAGCUUCCACUUGUCAUAAACUUCCUCCAGAUCAAAGAGAAGUUGCUCAGAAACAAGAAGAAGCCAGGUACAGGGCAUUAGGUUAUUUGAAACAAGUGGGAGAAGAAGAUUCACAACAAACUCUACACAGAAUGCAGCGAAUGAUGCAUAAGCCUCUCGAAGAAGUCACGUGCUUCAAAUGCGGGACAAAAGGACACUAUGCUAAUAAGUGUCCCAAGGGACAUCUAGCUUUUCUAUCAAAUCAGCCGGGGCAAAAUAAUAGUAACGUGUUCAAAAAAACGAAUUAACAAUAACUUUUAAUUUCUCUAAACAUGCCUUUUAUUAUGUCUAGACUAUGUAAUAUGCGUCCCUUUGUCUUCCUCGGUUUACAAUUAUUGAUUAUAGACAAAUAAAGUCACAAUGUUACUGCAAUUAACUAGAUAAUAAACAUUCGAAUUUCCUAAAUAAAAUAUUAUUUCAAGUCAGAUUACGACAUUACUUCGAUGAGUUAUGGCUUACCAUCCGAAAUCGGUACCUGGUACUAUCCAGUAUGAUCGAGAGUAAUAAAACAAGCCUGACAUGAAACACGUGCUAAUUCAUCUAUCUUCAGUGAUGGGCAAAGGGUACCUUUUCUUGAUAGUCACCGAAUUCAGCAUAUGAUAAUCAACACACACUCGCAUUGAUCCAUCCUUCUUUCGAACUAGCAAAAUUACAGGCGACUAGCGUACUCCGAAACAGAUUCUUUCCCUAUACCAGCAUCUAGCACAUAUUUCCACCUUUUCUCGUUCAUGUUCAGACUGCCGCUAUGGACGAUUGUUAUUCAAUUCAAUAUGAAUCUCGGUUUUAUUUGUACAUACAACCUGAAUCUUUGAGGAUUGAAGCAAACCGAUGCUUGUAGCUGACUCGUAUCAAAAUCCCAUGUAUCGUGCAUCUGUUGCUGAUCAUUCAUUCUAUUGACAAAAUGUACUUUAUAGAUUGAUUUAUUUACAGCCCAUACAUGCCCAAAUUCUAACUAAAAUACCAUAAAACUAAAAUAAACUACAAUUAAGCUAUUUAGAAAAAUUGGCAGUAAAGCUAAAAAUCGCAGUAUAUUACCCCCAUAUGCUUCGCGCCCCCAUAGGUCGCUCUUCGGUGAAGAGUCGAGAAACCCAUUAAGCAGCGAGAGUAACCGAGGAAUGGGAGCUUGUUGACGCUGGACAGUGCGAGCCGAACGCACAGCAAAAUGGUUAUGUUUCCGGCAGCGGUAAUAAUUGUCCGGAACGUACAGUCUCAUGAUCUCUUCCAGCAAGUAUGCGCUUUCCUUCUCGUUUUUAAAUACGCUUAAACCAACUGUGAUUAUAGCUAAAUCUGUACGAAGUUCUAAUGAAUUGUACGCUAAAACCCCCAUCAAGAACUUAGUAGGGUAGAGGUAAGGAAAUUGUACCUUCUUUAAUAAAAAUUUCUAAGGAUUCUUUCUUUC